CCCGCCACAGCCGGGCCGAUGGCGCUCAGCCCCCGCGGGCGGGAGGCGGCGGGUGGCGGGGAGCGGGCCCGGCGGCGGGGCGGGCGGGAGGACGAGCUGGCGGAGCUGCCGCUGCACUCGCCAUGGACCUUCUGGCUGGACAAGAUUUCUGGAGUGUCUACAACAACAUUCCUCUGGUGACAAACUUGCCCUUGAGAUGUAGCUACCAUUUGAUGCGGGGAGAAAGACGGCCACUUUGGGAAGAGGAAAGCAAUGCCAAAGGAGGUAUAUGGAAAAUGAAGGUCCCUAAAGAAAGUACGGCUGCAGUUUGGAAAGAGCUUCUGUUAGCAACGAUUGGAGAGCAGUUUACAGACUGUUGCGCAGCAGAUGAUGAGAUAAUAGGGGUGAGUGUCAGCGUCCGUGACCGUGAGGACGUUGUGCAAGUCUGGAACCUGAAUGCCUCUUCAGCAAGUGAAGCAAAAGUUGUGGAAAAGAUAAACAAACUUCUGCCACAGACAUCUUUUAAAGUGGUGUUCUAUAAACCACACAGAGAGCAUCAUGCUUUUGAAGGCCAACGGGGAAAACAUUAAGAGCAGCCUGCGCCAAGCUCACUGAUUGUUGUUUGGUAUUUGAGGUGGUCUGGACAAGGAGAAGCCCUGCAGAAGCAUAAUGUGCAUUGGGCCUUUUGGGUUCCUAACAUUUCAAACUAGGAAAAUGAGGAAAACCAGUUGCCUUGGCCACUAACUGUGCAAUUCAUUUACCUUUGUUUUGGUUGGGUUCUUUACAUUUUCCAUUGUUUCUGUAAAAAGAUAUUUCUGCCACUUGGUUUUGUUUUCUUUUGUUUCCCAGUCAGAUCACAUUUGUUCCUCUUUCAUGAAGGUAGCAGACUUUCAUUUCUUCUGUACUGUACUGAGUGAAAUGCAGACAUGCAGAGUUGGCAUGCUCUUUUCUGAGGUGUGCUCUAUGUAGAGGAAUAAUGACUCAGUGAAAUGUGGUUUGAAUUUUCAUCCUAAAACAUUCCUAUCAUGUUAAGAUUUACUCACUGGUUGUGUCCCAAGAGGGAAAGACACUGCACUGCAUUUAUUCUAAUAUUCAGUGCCCUGACAAUGGCACAUGUAUUGUAAAAGUAAAUAGUGAAGUGUUCACUAAGCCAGAGACCGAAGAGACCACAUUUAUGUUGAGACUACCUGUGGGACGAUGCUAAUGAGCGUUUUAAUUGUAGUGAUUUCUGAAGAACCCUUGUUCAGACUAGACUGAGGCAUCUCCCAGUAGUAAACCUUGCCAGUUCCACACCUCUCUUAUUUAAGAGGGGAUGGGGAUAUACAUGUUUUUAUACUGCAUGCUUGCUUAUGAUGUUUCUCCAUGGAAAAGUGUCAUGAAUCAUUUUGAAAGCAUUAAACUAACUGGAUCCAGCGCUCACACUUCUGUGGGUAUUUCAGGCCCAGAGCUGCACCCACAAAGGUCAGUGUCAGAAUUUCUGUUGACUUCAGUGCAGAGGAAGAGAUCCCAUCAUAUAACUCAAGCCAUCAUGACCUCCUAAGUGCCUUUUAACAAAAAAUAAACACAGAAAUGCAGAAAAGAAAGGGAUUUUGUAUUGUAGCGUGGAUAUGGAUAUAAACAGUAAAGAAUAUAAACAGUGUUAAUCUGCAGAUAUUUGUCUAUACUAGUUCUUUGAGGUGUUGAGUUGUUUUAAUAACACUACCAAAGAUUAAUGUAGUUUCUUUUAUGAGAAGAAGCUGCAAGGUAGAGCUGAAUGUGCACACCACUGAGCAUUACUUCAUUGGCAAGAGGUUUCUGUUUGGCAACUCUUCAAGUGGCACUGAUUUCCACGUCUUUGGUAUACUAAGAGGCAGGCAUUAAAACCAAAUACAUUUAAAAAUAAGAAUCAACCAUUUGAGUUGUUUAUAUAUAUAUAUGUGUAGCUUUACCUGUAUUUAUGAAUCAAAACUGUGUAGUUAAUGAGCAUUACUAAUUAAACAAAUUUGCUAAAAUCAAAAUGUCUUCCUUCUGUAAUUGCUUUCUGAGGCUGAAUGGUACAGA